AUGACAGUCCCUACCUUGAGGAUAGGCGUCGACGUCGGCGGAACAAACACAGAUGGCGUCAUCCUCGAUCCAACCUCAUCCUCCCCUUCCCUCGGCAUCCUCGCCACCCAAAAGACCCCGACAACACCCAACCCAAGCACCGGCAUCACAACCGCAAUCUCGCACAUGUUCUCAACCUCCAGUAUUCCCCCCUCCCGUAUCGCAAGCGUCACCAUCGGCACAACGCACUUUAUCAACGCCGUAGUAGAACAAGACGCCUCUCGCCUCGCCCCCGUCGCCGUCAUCCGCCUCUGCGGUCCCUUCUCCGCAACCAUCCCCGCCGGCGUCGACUGGCCUCCCGCCUUGCGCAACAUCAUCUGCGCCCACCGCUCUCUGGUGGACGGCGGACUGGAGAUUGACGGUGACUUGAUUGCGGAGCUCGAUGAAGAUGCCGUGCGGCGCGAGGUGAAGGUUAUCCGCGCCAAGGGAAUUAGGAGUGUUGUCGUCGUGGGGGUUUUCAGUCCCAUUGACGUCGUGUACAGACAAGAAGAGAGGGCGGCGGAGAUUAUUCGUGAUGUUUAUCCCGGAGCUGAUGUGGUGAUGUCAAAGGAUGUGGCGAAUAUCGGGUUCCUUGAGCGUGAGAACGCGGCUAUUCUCAAUGCUUCCAUCCUUCCAUUUGCUAGACGAACCAUCCGCUCCUUCCAGGAUGCCGUUACGCAGCUAGGCCUCACCUGCCCCGUCUUCGUGACGCAGAACGACGGGACCAUCCUGCCGGCUGCGGCGGCGGCGUGGUUGCCCAUCAGGACAUUCUCCAGCGGACCGACGAAUAGCAUGCGCGGUGCGGCGUUCCUCACGAGGAAUUUGGAGGGAGAGAAGGAGGGGGCGGGCCCGAUGAUGGUUGUCGAUAUCGGCGGGACAACGACGGACGUGGGUUUGUUACUGGCCAACGGGUUCCCCAGGCAGGCGGCAGCCUACAGCGAGAUCGCGGGGGUGCGGACGAACUUCUCGUACCCGGACGUCAAGAGCAUCGGUCUCGGCGGCGGAUCUAUCGUCAAGAAAGACGAGCGCACCGGCGAGAUGAUGAUCGGGCCACAGAGUGUGGGAUAUCAAAUCCAAACAAAGGCUCUCGUUUUCGGCGGCGAUGUUGCGACGGCUACGGAUUAUACUGUACUCGCAGAUCCAGACACCGUUGAUAUCGGAGACCGGUCUCUCGUUGAAGGUGUGAACGGCCUCGCUGAUGACUUAUCGGCGUUCGAGGCCCAGGUGAAGACGAUGCUGGAGCGGAUCGUGGACACGAUGAAGACCUCGCCCGAGGACAUACUCGUCGUUCUCGUCGGCGGGGGUGCGGUUAUUGCGCCGGAUGAGUUGAAGGGAGCGAGUAGGGUUAUAAAACCUGCGUGGUCUGAGAGUGCGAAUGCAAUUGGGGCUGCGACGGCAAGGGUUAGUGGUGUCGUGGACGCAAUUGAGAGUACUGAGAUGAAGACUGUGUCUGAAGUUGUGGAGGCGUUGUCGCGGAGGGCUGUUAAUCGGGCUGUUGAGAAUGGUGCUUUGAGGGAGAGUGUGACUAUUGCUGAGGUGGAAAGUUUUCCAUUGCAGUAUAUUGCAAACACGUCGCGAAUCAACAUCAAAGCCGUAGGAGAUUUCGACUUUUCCAGAACAGCGUCACUGGACACAACCACGAUCCCAGACGACACCGAGAACUACGACGAAGAAAUCCCUAGACCACCGGCACCGCCUCGAAGCGAGGAAAUCCCAUCACCGCAACCCUUGCAUCUCUCCGAAACAGACCUCGACUGGAUCACGACAGGCUGCUACAUCCUCGGCACAGGAGGCGGCGGCUCCCCCUACCAGCACAUGCUCCGCCUCCGCGAAAUGAUGCGCGCAGGCGCCACCGUCAAGAUCAUCUCCUCUUUUGACCUCAAGGACGACGAUAUUGUGGCCUGUGGCGGCGGAAAGGGGUCGCCGCAGGUAUCCAUUGAGAAGCCAAUCAUGGAGUCGCAGAGAGAACUCUACUCAUCCCUCAAAACGAAGCCUACGGCCGUGAUAUCCCUCGAGAUUGGAGGUGGCAACGGCCUGCAGGGCCUCAUCCUCGGCGCCAGUACAAACCUCGAUAUCCCGACAGUGGACGGCGACUGGAUGGGUCGCGCGUAUCCCAUCUCCCACCAAACUACGCCAGUAGUCUUCGAAAAGAAAGCGACGAUGAUUCCGUCGUGUAUAUCAGACGGGAACGGCAGAAUCAUGGUACAGUCUCUUCUUCUCUCGUCCCCCAUUCUGCCGAGCAUCCUUCGCGAUUUCUCACAAGUCCACCUCAUGACAAAAGCCCGCACAGAACUCGACGCAGAACGCGCCUUCCGCGCCGCCCUCUCGCAAAUGGGCUCUCACGUAGGCUGCGCAAAGGGCCCCGUCAGCGGCCGCGAUACCAAGUCCUGGGUCGUCGAGAACACCGUCUCGCUCUCCUGGCGGAUUGGUCGCGCCGUAGCGAUAGCGCGGUGUACGAAUGCCAUCGACACAGUCGCCGAGGCCGUUGUGGACGUGGUUGGCGGGCAGGAGUCGGCGAGGGUGCUGUUCAGGGGCAAGGUUGUGGGCGUCGAGAGGAUUACAAGGAUGGGGCACGCCUAUGGGGAGGUUAUCAUUGAGGGGCAUACUGACGGCAGGAACGAUGGUGAUGGGGCGGUUGAGAGGUUUGUUGUACCGUUUAAGAAUGAGAAUAUUCUUGCGAAGAAAGUUGAUGCCAGUGGGAAGGAAGAUAUCCUCGCAAUCGUCCCAGAUCUAGUCUGCGUCCUCGACGCGCAGAACGGCGAGGCCCUCGGCACGCAAGAGUACCGCUACGGUCUCCUUGUGGUGGUGCUCGGCAUCACGGCGUCGGACAAGUGGACUUCCACGGCGCGGGGCAUCGAGAUUGGCGGACCCAAGGGGUUCGGAAUGGAUGGGCUGGAAUAUGUGCCUCUUGGGACGUUUACGAAGCCUCGGAGCGUCAUUGAUGAGUUUGAGGGCUAUUCAUGA